AUGGGCCUUGUUAAACAAUCUAUCAAAGUGGGAGAGUUCCAAAGAUUUGCUAUUAAGGAGGCUUGUUGGGUUGACAUUCUCCAAUUUACGGAUGAUAUGUUGAUUGUGGGAGAUGGUAAUUGGAAGCAUGCUAGGGCCUUGAAAGCGGUGCUUCGGGCUUUCGAAUUGGUGCCGGGGCUAGGAAUCAACUUCCAUAAAAGCAAAUUAAUUGGAAUUAUUGCUAAUCCUCAUUUCUUGGAUGCGGUGUCUCACUUCCUUUCUUGUAAGAAAGAAGAGCGUAACUUUUAUUUUCUUGGCAUUCCGAUAGGUUUCAAUCCGAGGAAGGAAGCUACUUGGAAUCCAAUGAAGAAUCGUUUGGAAGGAUGGUCAAACCGCUUUUUGAAAUUGGGAAGUAGAAUCACUCUUUUGAAAUCCGUGCUUAGUUCUUUAGCCAUUUUUACCAUGUUUUUUUUACAAGAUGCCGAGUGUAAUACGAUGAACUAA